UUUUGUCUGCCUCAAUGGGAUUACAACCAAACCAUUAUACAUUUGGCAGUGUCUUAAAUGCAGUUGCUUCAUCUGAAUCAAUUUCUCUGAGGCAGGGCCAACGAUUUCAUGGUUAUAUAACGAAGCUUGGAUUGGACACUGAUCCGAUUGUUUCAAGUGCUCUUCUUGACAUGUAUGCAAAGCGUGGGAGCAUAUAUGAAUCUCAAAAGAUAUUUAAUGGGUUAGCUGAGAAAAGUCAAGUUGCUUGGACAGCUGUAAUCUCCGCCCAUGCAAGGCAUGGGGACUAUGAGUCAGUCAUGAAUUGUUACAAGGAGAUGGUGAAGAGUGGUGUGAGACCUGACUCAAUCACGUUCCUCUCUAUAUUAACAGCUUGUGGUCGAAAGGGGAUGGUUGAAAUGGGAAUUGAAAUAUUCAAUUCAAUGGUUAAUGAACAUUCUAUCGAACCACAUCCCGAGCAUUAUUCUUGUAUGGUAGAUAUGCUGGGCCGGACAGGGAGUCUUGAUGCUGCUGAAGAGUUUGUAAAUCGGAUUCCUGGAGGACCAGGAAUAUCUGUUCUGCAAAGCUUACUUGGGGCUUGCAGGAUUUACAGAAAUGAGGAGAUUGCUAUGAGGGUGGCCGAUGCUCUGAUUGCUAAGGAACCUGAGGGUUCAGGUUCUUAUGUAUUGAUGUCUAACUUGUUUGCAGAGAAGGGGAAGUGGGAGAAUGUAGCUAAAAUGAGGAAAAUGAUGAGAGAUAGGAAAGUAACGAAAGAAAUCGGCUUUAGUUGGGCAGAUGUAGGCAAUGUUGAUGAUUCCAUAUAUAUGCAUGGAUUUUCAUCCGGGGACAAGUCUCACCCCUUGUCUGAGGAGAUUUUUAGGAUGUCAGAAUUGCUAGGAUCAGAAAUGAAGUAUUUAGAGAUAGAGGAUAAAGAUCAUUUACUAUUUGAUCGAAAGAGGCUGGAAUCUCUAGAAUCCUUUACUAUGAAUGGCCAAGUCAUAUUAUAGUAAUAGAAAUUAUUCAAUAUUAUCUAGUUGGUUACAGCCUUUUAUCUAGAAUUGCUGCUGAUAAUUACUCGUGUUUGGGAUGAACUACUGAUAAAAAUGCGACCUUCUGAGAAGACCAAUGAAGAUAAAGUGGUGGCUGAGAAGAAUACUUUUCAAAAAUGGUGGUAACACAGCCAGAGGUGUGGAGUUGUGAACGCUAAAGUAGAGAAUGAUACAUAUGAAAGCAAUCAAGAAGAAACACCAAGAAAUGGGUGCCAAGAGAGGGAAAACUCCGUGCACAGAGCAAGCAACCUUGAGCUAUAGAGUAUGGUGAGAACCUGGUUGGUUCAAAAGUGAAAGUUUGGUUGUGGACUGAUCUUUAUGCUUAUGAAGAAGUUAUUGAAUCUAUUUGUUCUGUUAAGAAGAAGAAUGAUGGGAAUUGGUUAAUAUUGCUUUACGUGCCGAAAGAAGAAGAACAUCACACGGAUGUCCAGAGCUCGCCAUUCUCAGAGCAUUUAAUUUUCGCUGAUAAGAUACCAAAGUUUAGAACGAGCCAUUUGCUGUGAUUCUAGCGAUGUAUGUUGCCGUUGGCAUGGUGGAAGCAAUGCAUCUUAUCGGGCUAAUAAGUCUCAAGUGUCACACAAGUGGGAGUUGACAGUUGAGUCUGCAGGCACCACCAGGUUGAAUUGGCUUGCAAUCGAACCCUUGGCUGCAAACAUAGUCGAUAUUGGCUUGUAAUGCC